CGGGGUGGGGCGGACACGCCGCUUCCAUUCCACUUCCCACCACGAGCUCGCGCGCAGCACAACGCAAGAGUCGACAGCACCACCACCAGUCCAAAAACAUCAACACCACCACCCCAACAACAUCAACACCACCAAGACCACAACAUCAACUCCACCCACUCCCUGCCUGACUCACCCUGCCCAGGCCAGGAUAGAAAGGAGGACCCCCCCCCCCGUCUCCUCAUCCUCCUCCAGGGGAGCUUCAGAUCAGAAGACAUCAUCACCACCAUCACCACUACCAUCACGUGCGGUUUUAGUUGCUGUUGUCGUUGAAGAGAGUUUCCUGGCGCUUCCAGAUCGAAAAGCCAUUUUCGAAGGCUCCUGUACAGACGCACGGACAGACGCAGGCAACACACCCACAAGCGGAGCAGCGUGUGACGCCCCUCGUACUACACGACCAUGUCGGAACCAAGCGCUCCCCCCGGAUACUAUGGCACGAACCAACCUGGAUACCCUCCCCCCUACCAGCCCUACCCAAACCCGGGCCAAGGUCCCCCUGGCGGUUACCCACCAUCAUAUGGGGGGCAGCCCGGGGGGUACCCUCCGUCUGGAGGGUACCCCCCGUCUGGAGGGUAUCCUCCUGCUGGGGGAUACCCACCACCUGGGGGUCAGCCAGCGGGGGGCUACCCGGGAGAGAAUCCACCCCCUAAUGCAUCGCAGCCGCAGAGAGGGGGUACUGCGCCACCGCCCUUCAUGAUGCCGACCAUUCCCCUGCACCCGUCCUUCGGGGGCGUUGGCCCUAGUCCUGGAGGGCCCGAGUAUGGAGGCGUAAGUACAAAUGAAAAUUCCAUCGGAGUCUGGGAUGACAAGAAUGUACGACGAGUGUUCAUCCAAAAGGUCUACAUCAUCCUUUUUGUGCAGCUGCUCGUCACUUUCGGCUUCGUGGCGGUGUGCACUUUCGUCGUCCCCGUGAAGACAUUUGUGCAGAAAAACCCAGCAAUGUACUGGGCCUCUUAUGGCGUCUUCUUCGCUACAUAUCUCGGUUUGGUUUGCUGCACCAAGGCAAGGAGGCUUUUCCCACUCAACUUCAUCUUGCUGGCCGUCCUCACGCUGGCAAUGUCCUACCUCACUGGGAUGCUGGCAAGCUUCUACAACACCAACUCAGUGCUCAUGUGCAUUGGCGUCACAGCGGCAGUGUGUGGCGCUGUCACACUCUUCUGCUUCCAGACUAAGGUUGACUUCACCUCGUGUCCUGGUGUGAUGUUUGCCCUCUCCAUGGUGCUGCUGCUCACCGGCCUCAUAGCCGCAUUUACCGUCCCCUUCGGAUACAUCCCAUGGAUCCAGACGGUUUAUGCGGGUUUGGGAGCUGUGAUCUUCACAGUGUUUUUGGCAGUGGACACACAGCUGCUGCUUGGCAACCGGCGUAACUCCAUCAGCCCCGAGGAGCACAUCAACGGAGCCCUCCGCCUCUACAUGGACAUUGUCUACAUUUUCACGUUCCUGCUGCAGCUCAUUGGCUCACGAAACUAAUCUGUCCUUGCGCAUGUCUGCAGGGUUCCCUUAGAAACUCCAGUGUGCGAGUGGACCUGAGUGUGUGUGGCGUGUGUGUGUGUGUGCGCGUCCGCGUGAACAAAUGGGACCCCGCACAUGAACAUUUGCGCGCGGUCCAGUAUGUGAGGUCAUAUCUGUGUGGCUGUAUGUGCUCUGUUUGUAUUCUGUGGUGUCUGUCUGCACACAUGCAUGCAAAUUAAUUUUACGUACCUUGGUGUUCUGUUUGUGUGCUAGCUGACUUGCUUUGUUGUGCACCCUCGGCGUGCCAUGUAAAUACCGAUGUAUCAAAAGUGUCGAGGACAGAGCUGCAGUAACAGUUGGGCAAAGGAAAUAUUUUGCGAAAUCUGCACUUAUCGUAAACAUUCUCAUAACAUUCAGGCAGGUGAUGGAGAAGACUAAAGGUUGCAGUUUUAUAUUGUAAAUUGUGUCAUUAAGUAAAUAAAGAAAUUAUUCAGUACUGUAUUUCAUUUGGCAUGUCUGCUAUUUAAGCUCGGCACUCAUUCAUGUAUAACUGUAAUACAUAUUUAAAAAAAUCUAUGUUUAACACGUAGGCUUUCGCGACCAAUAUUAUUCAUAAUAAAGGUUUUUGGAUUAGA